AUGGAGGACGCCGCGGCCGCCAUCGGGGCAGCCUUUGGCUCCCAGCACAUCGCUGCGGAAGCCGCCAAGGCCCUGCGCGACCUCCUCCCCGGGCUGCUGUUCCUGCGGGCCUCGGUGCGCUGCGGCACGGGGCUGUUUGUCAGCCAGGACCUGCUGCAGGCGGGCAGCAACGAGCUCAGCGUGGUGUCGCUCAAGAAUAGCCUGGCGGGGGUGGCCAUGGCGCAGGGGCGCACCGUCGUGGUGGCGGCGCCCGCCACUAGCCAGGCCGCGCCCUCCGCGGCCCAGGUGCUGUGCGUGCCGGUGGCAGUGGCGCCGGCCACGGCCGGCGGCAGCGGCCGCGGCGCGCCGCCGGAGGCGGCAGCGGCUGCCUCUGCCGCUACCUCCACGGCAGCAGCAGCCAGCGGCGCCCAGUACCGUCCCAUCUAUGUCGGGGCGCUGAUGGCGGGCGUGGCAGACGGCGGCGGCGCCCCGCCGCAGCUGUGGGAGCGGCUGCAGGCGCUGGCGGAGGCGGCGCCGCCCUACUUUCUUCUGCUGGGCCUCACCAAGGCCGCUGACAUGGCAGAGAUGCUGAAGCUGCGGGCAGCUGACUGCAGCUGCUGCGCGGAGGAUGAGCUGCAGGACAUGCCCCUCAGCGCCUGCACCCCGCGCUCCGUGUCGCCCGGCGGCGGCGGCGGCAGCGGCGGCGGCGCGCAGGCCGAGGCGGGCGGCGGCUGCGGCGCAGCGAAGAAGGCAGCCGAGGCCGAGCAGGCGCAGACGCUGCACGCCGCGGCGGUGGCCGCGCUGUCGCAGCGCUCCGGGCUGACGCUGGGCUCAGCCGGCCCCGCCGCCGCGCCUGCGGCUGCGGCCGCGGAAGCCGCCGCCGACGCGCCCAGCAGCAGCGGCGGCGGCGGCCUGAAGGGCGCGCCACUGCAGGGCCUGCCGCCUGGUGCUGCGGCAGCGGCAGCGGCGGAGGCAGAGGCGGAGGCUGAGGAUCCCAAGGCCCAGCUCAAGCGCCGGCAGGCGGCGGCCGGCACGGCGGCGGUAGCGUCGGCCGCGGCGCGCCCGCCGCCGCCCGCCGGCGCGCUGCUCCGCUAUGCCGACGGCGCGCUGGAGGCGCGCUUUGCGGCGGCGCACAACGCCAGCCUGCGCCGCGGCGACCUGCUCUUCUCCCUCAUGCACCUUUCGGUGGCGCUGUGCUUUGCCGUGCUGCAGCCGGGCGCUGCGCUGCGCAGCGCCGCGGCGCAGGCGUUUGUGGCCGCGCUGGCGGCGCCGCUGGCGGUGAUGGCACUGGAUGCGAGCAGGUACACGCGCCACCGCGAGGCGCUGCUGGCCUCCCUGCUGCUGGCCCACGCCCUGCUGCUGCGCUGGAGCGGCGCGGCGCAGGCGGCGCCGCCGCCGCCGGGCGCGGCGCAGGCGCUGCCCUGGCUGCUGCGCACGUCGGGCGCAGAGGCGCUGCGCUUCUGCCUCUUCCUGCCGGUGCAAGCCCUGUGCCUGUCGGUGUUGCUGGCGCCGCUGGCCGCUGCCUGCCCCGCGGCGCUGGGCGCCCAGGCCGGCGCCUGCCUGCUCGCCGGCCAGGGCGGCCCCGGCAUGGCCCUCCUGCUGGCGUUGGUAGGCCUGCUGCCCGCUGCGGCUGUGUACAAGUUUGAGGCCCGCGCUCGCAGGCGCUUUGAGCAGGCGACGGCGGCGCAGGAGGAGGUGGCGGCCUGA